AAACCACGGAAUCCACGUUCGAAGAGAGCAGUGGAAAAAAAGGCGCCAAAGCCUGUGGAAAACCCCAAGAAAACGCUUUUUCUUAGGGGCACGAAAUGUUCCGAAGAAGUAAAGAACGCAUUGACGGACUUGUACCAGUUGAAAAUUCCUCUAGCUAAGAAGUUCACCAAAAAAAAUGAAAUACAUCCAUUUGACGACCCGAGCUCAUUAGAAUUUUUUUCCGAGAAAAAUGAUGCAUCACUUCUACUCUUUGGGAGUACGAGUAAAAGACGACCUCACAACAUAACGCUUGUACGUACGUUCUCCUACAAGGUACUGGACAUGAUAGAGCUUGGCCUCAACGCAAAGGAAUUCUUGAAGUUAAGCCAGUUUAAGAGCAAAAAAUGCGCGGUCGGGUUAACGCCAAUGUUACUCUUUGCGGGAACACCCUUCGAGAACCCUGUCUCAGAUGAAUACACAUUACUUAAGAGCAUGUUUAUAGACUUAUUCAAAGGCCAGCCAUCCGACAAGGUGGAUGUUGAGGGACUACAGUACAUCAUUUGCGUCAGUGCUGAAGAUCAAGUCGAAGGCGAAAGUUUGAAGCCAACUGUUCACUUUAGGACCUAUCUAGUGCAGACCAAAAGAAGCGGGCAAAAAUUCCCAAGAGUCGAAGUUGAAGAAAUGGGACCACGAAUGGACUUCAGUAUAAGACGAGUAAAGGAAGCAGAUGAGAGCAUUAUGAAGGAAGCCUUAAAAAAGGCUCGAACGAGUGAAGAGCGUCCAAAAAAGAAUAUUUCUACGGAUGUUGUUGGUGAUAAAAUGGGCAGGAUACACCUCGGGAAACAAGACCUCACAGAACUACAGACGCGCAAGAUGAAAGGCUUGAAAAGAAGUAGAGAUGUCAACACCUUAGACGCGCAAGAUGAGGAAGAAAAAAUCCCCCAUGAUGGAGGAAAAAAAGUAAAGCGGAGCUAA